ACUCUGAGGACACUCGUUCAGUGGACAUGUCAAUGCGAGAUAUUGAGGACAGAGGAUUUUACACAGAAACGUUUCACUCUGUAUCAUGGAUAUACCAUGGAGAUGAUGUUAACCAGAAUGACAGUCCACACUGUCUCAGCAACUGUACUCGACCAGCAGCAAUUCGUGAGAGGACAGUAAAAAUCGGUAAAGGCAUGGGCGAGUAUCCCUGGGGCUUCCGAAUUCAAUUCUCUAAACCCAUUUUGGUUACUGAGGUGGACACAAAUGGAGCAGCGGAGGAGGCAGGGCUGCAGGUUGGAGACUAUGUGCUGGCAGUAAACGGCACUGAUGUCACUAGUAUACCACACUCAGAAGCAGCUGACCUCGCACGACAAGGCCCAGACAUUUUAACUCUGACCAUUGGCUCGGAUAUUGGUCGAAUGCCUAACACUCCACGGCCAACAUGCAGAGGUUACUUGCAUAAACGAACUCAAUCCAGUUUGCUGAAGGGUUGGAGAAAGAGGUGGUUUGUGCUCAGACAUGACUGCUGCCUCUAUUACUACAGAAACAAGCGUGAUGAAGGGAAGAGCCGAGCUCUGUCUGUGAUUAGUCUGGAAGGGGCACUGGUGGAGGCUGACACCAGUUUAGGAAAGCCAUUUGUGUUCAGAUUCUGCCCUGUCUCUGGGAGCCGAGUUUACUACUUGUGUGCUACAUCAAACCAAGAGAUGAAAAGGUGGUUGGAGGCUAUGGGUCGAGCAGUUCAUCCCAUUACUCAGAAUCACGUGUGGGUGGACGUUACUCGACACAACUCAAAUCUUCCCCCACUGGCAGUCAAGAACCCAGAAUGCCUUGGGUUGCUUCACCAGCUGGACAGGAACAAGGACUCAUGGGUGCAGCACUACUGUGUGCUGAAAGAUGGAUGCCUCUAUUUCUAUGUGAGCAUUCGGUCAACCUGCGCCAUUGGAGGAAUCUACCUGCAUGGUUACACAGUCAAGGAUCAGCCACUGGGAUCCAAAAAAUCUACGAUUGAGCUCAGACCUCCAUCUGAAGAGUUUAAAGUGUUCUACCUCUGUGCAGAGAACGCAAAUGAGAACAAACGAUGGAUUAGUGCAAUAAAAUCUUCUAUAGGAAAAUGGCUGCCAUUGCAUCAGGCAAUUCAAGACUACAUGAGUCGUCCACCUGAGGAAACGAGAAUGUGAACAAGACAGGUCUUGUCACAAGAGGCGUUUCGCAAGUUUGGUGGUGGAGGAGAGGGAUCGUGAUGGUGAAGAUCCUAUGCCUUGUAUACCUUUACAGAUACUGUCUCACACUAAAUUGAGCAUUGAGACACAAAAAUCUGAAAGAUCAGCUCUAUGUAUGUAAUAGGAUAUAAUAGGAUCUUUACCAUUUUGAUAAAAAGUCAGUGUUGAAUUGUUCUGGAGAUUGGUUUUGAAGUGCUGCAUUUGCUUGUUUAACAAAACUAUACAAUUUGAUAACAUUAAAAACAAAUAAUAGAACAAUAAAAUGCAGAUAAAAUGAUAGUCAUCUGCUGCAAAUAUUCAUGAUAAAACCUAAAAUAAUUGUAACUCCAUAUAUAAUAUUCAAGUGCUUUUAUGACAACAGAGCAGCAAGCACAUGAAGUUGUCAUGGCAACCAGAUACAUUGCAUGCUGCGCUGUGAUGAUAACUAGCAGAGAAAUAGAAAGUAGAAGCCUAAUUCAUACUAAGAUGUACAUAGAGUAUUAGGGCAUCAUCAGACCUAAGCAUCACUUCUCAGCCAUUUAACAGAUUGCAUAUCAAAAAAAAAAAACCUGAGCUUAUGUUGGCCUAUAUAGAGGUUCAAGAUGAAUUAUUUGUUUUCUCUUUCAUAUAUACACAUAUUGUAAUUUAUCAUGAUCUUAUUUUAGGUUCACUUAACCAUUAACUUGUUACAUGUUUCUUUGCAUUCAAUUUAAAGAUUAAGGGAAAAUGAUGGCCUGUAUUCCUGUAAACCUUUUUGUCACAUAAUUUGAAUUUUUAUGAUGUUUUCCAUUUUCAGGAUUUGCUAACUAUGUAAAGACACUGCCACUGCUAUUGUACAUAAUACACAUUUUCUUUGUUUUUGCUGUCUAGUCCAGUUCCAUAAAACAUUUAGUCAUUUUUAUAUAGCCUGCAGUAAACUAUCUUACUGAUGGUUUUAGCUCAUUUAUACCAUUUUGAUAGCAAUAUUAUGAAUUUGCCUAUUCUUUGUAUAAAUAAGGAUAUUUCUGGCUUUUUGUAUUAAUAUUUUUAUUAGCACUGGGUGAUCUUCCAGUUUACAGUUUGAUAAGAAUUAAUACAAACUAAGGAAGUAUUUACACCUGGUGACUUCAUGCAUGAAAUGAAUCUCGGAUUGUUGACCAUCUCAAAAGCAGGGCAUUUACACUUAAUGAUUGGAUAGACUGGAUAUCUGAUCAGUGAAACAUUUGAAGUGACCAAGUGUAAAUAUUUCCUAAUGAUUAGUUUAGAAUUUGAUGUAGUCUGUUCAUUGAAGUGCUUGUAUUGCAUGUUAAUAGCCUAUGCUACAAAGAAAGCUUGCCAAAAUACAGACUUGCAUUA